UCUGCAGUUAGAGUGCAGCGCCAGGGCUGCAGGCUGACAGGCGCAUUUUUUUGCUUUAACAUCGGCGUUGUAAUUGUAUAUAACGUCAAAAUUCGCAAGUGAGAGUAUAGAGUUCAACGUGCAUCAUCUGUAUAUAGACUGCGUUUUCCACAAUUCCUCUCUCCCGGUUUCCUAACCCCCUACAAAAGAGCAAAGCAGUGCUGUCCGUCGUUUCUUUAUUUUAUCGCCAGCACACACCUCUUUCGAUCAAAUCAAGCUAUUAUUCUAGUUGUUUUAUUGCCGAGCCGGUUAAGUGUGUGAUUUUUUUUUUUUUUUUUUUCCUAAGGUACGGCCACUCGAUCUCUCGUCCCUUCCCCUUCUUUUCCUUUCCUUCCUUCCUGCUCGAGUGAAUUCAUCUCCCGUUAGAGAGAUGCUGGGCGCACGAUUUUUCAUCACGGUGCCGUCUAAAAAAUUUCGAGUCUACAAGAAUAAGUACUGAGUAAAGUGAAGAAGGAUGUGAUGUUGAGACCGUGGACAUAAGUAGACACGAUUUUUUGUUUUCUUUCAUUUGUAGUGUGCCUUUUUUGUGAGUGCGUCUAAACGUUUGUGUGUUCAAUUGAAUUAAAUUAUUCCGAUCAUUCGUCGUCUGACUGUCUCGUGUGUGUAUAAGCGUCAAAUUAUUUACGUUGAUCUGCUCUGCUGCAGUUGUUUGCUCAAUUCAAAUAUACUUACAAAAGAUAAUAAGUGUCCAAAAAAAAGGGGUGAGAGGAAAGCUCAAAUUCACAAGUACGAGCACUUUCUGAGUGCAAGCACAAUGAAUCCAUUACAAAAUUCAAAUGUUAUUGCUGCUGUUGUCGGAGCGACCAUUGGAGUUGCCAGUGUGGCAGCUGUUUUGAUUUAUCAAAAAGUCAUGGAAAAACAACAACACUCAACCAUGAACAGCAACAUUGACAGAGUGAGCCGCAAGGUAGUGGAGUUGCAAGCGGAAUUGGAAGCUCUGAGAGCGCAGCAAAUAAAUUUACAGAAGAGCAGAAGGAAAAAGAUAAUAAGGAGAAAAAUCUAUUCCGAUGAUACUGCUUCUCUAGGAACCGAAGAGGUGGACAUCGAUACUUUUUCAACAGCAGGUACGGAUAUUGGAGAUGAUGAAUUUUUCGACUGUUCGGAUGAUGAAGAGGAAAUUGCAAAUGGAGAAAUUGACGGAGUAAUGAAUCCUGAACUUUUGGAGCUUGAUAAGGAGAGCGAAGAUACUUCAUUGCAACCACAUGUUUACAUCAAAACCAAAAGUUUGUUACAAGAAAAUCCAAGAGAUGUGGAAAUUGUUUGGAGGUUUGCAAGAGCUUGCUAUCAUUGUUCUCUCCUAGAGCCGAAAAAGCAUAAAGAAUACAUCUUAGAAGGUGUUGAACUUUGUGAGAAGUUUUUACAUAUACGGGAUGGUAAUCUGUACAAGUGGUACGCCAUUCUCAUUGGGGUUAAAAGUAAAUUUUUACCCUCAAAGGAAAAAAUCAAAUCCGGUUAUGUCUUUAGAGAAUAUGUAGAAAAGGCAAUUGAAAUAAUGCCCAACGACAAUUAUUUACAUCAUCUCAUGGGAAGAUUUCAGUAUGAAGUUUCAGAAUUGAGUUGGUUCGAAAAAAAAAUUGCAUCAGCUUUAUUUGCCGAGGUACCCAAAGGAACUUAUGAAGACGCGAUACCGUUCUUCGAGGCGGCAGAAAAGUUGUCGCCUAAACCGCACUGGGAAAACAAGUUAUACCUCGGCAAGAGUUACAUUGCAGUCGGCAAGCCUAACGAGGCUGUCAGGUGGCUCAAUCAGCUCAAAGACUUACCAGUGCGAACUGAAGAGGACAAAGAUGUCCGCGCCGAGGCGCAAUCGUUACUAAAAAAAUAUUCCGAAUAUUGUACAUGAUAAUUAUUUAUAGUGUCGUACGUCGCUGAUGCCUGAUUGUUCAUUCCAUGAUCUGUGAAUACACGAACUUUAUAUAUCCACUUUUACGCGCGCAACACAACAGAUUUUAUAUUAGAUUAGUCCAUUGUUUGGAUAAAAGAGAUGGGUUUAACAAUUAUUUUAUGUUUUGUGACUGAUGAAAAUUUAUGCGUGGGAUUUUUUUUUCACAAACUAAAUGUGAAUUAAAAUCAUCGAGUGGGUGCAAGUUUUAAAAAUUCUAUGAUUUUACAUUUAAAAACGAGAAAAAAAAAGUUUUUAUGAAAGGAACAAGUAAAUAACGAUUUAACUAUUUAAAUAGUUUGUUGGUGUCGGAAAUUUUUACUCCUGUGUGCUAAUUGCUUGUGAGAUUUCUUCGUUUCAUCUUGUGAAACAAUUUCAAAUAAAUUCUUUAAAAAUCGAAUAUUAUACCGAAAAAUACAAAAACAAAGAAAAAAAAAACAAAGAAAAAAAAAAAAAAAAAAAAGGAAUAAUAAAAUGUCAUGUGUGACAAGUACUACAAUGGGUUGAAGUAAUGUAAAAUCCAAAGAUGUACGGUGAGGGUGUUUGUGUAAGAUGCUCGUUUAACGCCUAAAGUUUUAGUUCCAUGUUACAAAUGAACGACGGAUGAUUUUAUAACGGCGAUAUUAACGCCGCGUGACUGACCAUACCUAUGAACGUUACAAUAAAAACAAAAAUUUCAACCAAC